AAGGUAGUUAAAAUGUCAGGAUGAGGAGGGAGAUUGACCCUGGAGAAUGAGGGCUACCAAGGUCUGAGUGAAUGGGAAUCAAAGAUAAAGGAAAUGACAGCAGACAAUAGUCUUCCUACCUGACUUUAAUCAACAAGGCAGAACUGUUUGUGUUAAAUUAGAACCUGAUGGCUUUUCUCCCAAGCCCGGUGCCAGGAUCUGCUGCUUCAGUAGCAUCCCUGAAACAAGAUGAUAAAGGUCAGAGUCAACACAUUUGGCCAUAUUGGGUGCCUGGUGGCCAGGGAUGCAUUCACCACAGGUGGAGUAGAUAUGGUGGCCAUCAGUGACCCCUUCAUUGACCUCACCUACGUGGUUUAUAUGUUUCAAUAUGAUUCCACCCAUGGCAAGUUCAAGGGCACUGUCAAGGCUGAUGAUCAAUGGAAAAGCCAUUACAUCUUCCAGCAGCGGGAUCCCACCAAUAUUAAAUGGGGAGAUGCUGAAGUCGAGUCAGUUGUAGAGUCCACUGGAGUCUUUGCCACCAUUGAAAAGGCUGGGGCUCACUUGAAGGGUGGAGCCAAGAGGGUCAUCAUCUCUACCCCUUCUGCUGAUGCCCCAAUGUUCGUGAUGGGAGUGAACUGUGAGAAAUAUGAUAAUUCCCUUAGGAUUGUCAGUAAUACUUCCUGCUCUACCAGCUGCUGGGCCUCCCUGGCCAAGGUCAUUCAUGGCAGCUUUGGCAUUGUGGAAGGACUCGUGACUAUAGUUCAUGGCGUUACUUCUACCCAGAAGUCAGUAGAUGGUCCCACUUGUAAGCUGCGGCGUGAUGGGUUUGGUGCUUCCCAAAACAUCAUCCCUGCUUCCACUGGUGCUGCUAAAGCUGUAGGCAAGGUCAUACCUGAGCUGAACGGGAAGCUCACAGGCAUGGCCUUCCGUGUUCCUACUCUCAGUGUAGUAUCUGUUGUGGAUCUGACCUGCUGCCUGGAGAAACUUGCCAGAUAUGAUGAUAUGAAGAAAGUGGUGAAGCAAGCAUCAGAGGGACCCUUGAAGGGCAUUUUGGGCUACACAGAGGACCAGACUGUAUCCUGUAACUUUCACAGUGACGCCCACUCCUAUACCUUUGAUGGUAGCGCUGGUAUUGCCUACAACGACCAUUUCGUCAAGCUCGUUUCCUGGUUUGACAGUGAGUUUGGUUAUGGCACCAUGUCGUGGACCUUCAUCCCCAGCCAAAAAAGGAGUUCCGCCACUGGGGAGCCUACAUCCCUAUGCUGGGGAUCCCAUGUCCCAUUUACAUCCUUAUCCCUGUAGUGGGGAGAAACCUAGAGUCCUAUAUUGUGUACCAUCAAUAA